AUGGUUUUUGAAAAAUCAUGGCAAUGGUCGAUAGAUGAAGAUCAUUUAUUAAAGAAAAAUCGAAAAAAUAUUCUUUGUUAUAAGGAAUCAAAUUCAUGUUCUAAUCAAUUAUUAACGGAUAUUGAUCGAUCAUGGAUUAUUACACAUAUGCAAAAUCGACGACGAGAACGAAAAAGUUUGCAAGAUUAUCUGCGAAAAAAUCAUGAAAUAUUUACAUUACAAUAUACACUCAAUGUCAAACGGAAUGAAAUUGAACGUUUAGAAAAUCAUUUACGUGAAGAAGAACGUCUAUUAAUUAAAGCAGAAAAGAAUAUUGCUGAAGAUUUAGUUUUAUUUGAUCAAUUUCUUGAUGUAUCAAAUCGAAAUGCCAGUGAUGCAGCUUCACGUGCCGAUGAAGAAUCACGUAAAAAGGAAGAAUUAUUAAAUGAAAUAAAACAAUUACAAAAGAUUCUUAUUACUUAUCAUAAUGAUCAAAAUCAUUUAAUAGAUACAUUAAAACAAUCACGUCGGUAUCAACAAUUUCUUUUUAAAUUUGCACCUGAAGAAUGGCGUGUUGAUAUACUCAAAGAUUUAGAAUCUCAAUUUAAUUUUUUUUUACUUUCGUUUAAUAACAAGAAUUAUUCUCUAUAUUUCACGAAACCUGAACAAUUACUUGAUAUAUUUACCGAAAUGGAAGAAAAAUCUUUACCACUUGUUCAAAAAAGUCAAUAUACAUGUGAAACACUUGAUAAAAUUCAUUCAACUAUAAAUCUUACAACAAAUGAACAAAAUUCUCAAGUUGAACAACUACAAAUAAAAAUUACUCAAUUAGAAAACUUAAUCAAACAUGAAAUUGAACAUGAAAUUUCUUGUCAAAAUCUUCUUAUACAAUAUAAAAAUGAAAAAGAUCAUUCAUCUAUCGAAAAAUUAAAACAAACUGUUGAGAUUUUAUAUAAAAAAUAUAUUAUAUCAGAUGAUAUAAGUAUAUCGACAAUACAUAUGUUACAAACGAUUGAAAAUAAAAUCAAAUCGUUAUUUAAUAUAAUCGAACAUAUGGAUUCAUCUAUACUUGUUGAAGCUGAAAAGUUUCGUGAAAUUACUGUUCGAACAUUAGAACGAGAAGAAAAACUUCAACAAGAAAAAUUAAUAAAUGAAUUAAAACAUAAAAAAACAUUACUUCGUUCUUCAGCGCCACCUUACCGAAAAAAUAAUAAUGGAACGAUCACGUCCAUUAUUAGAAAAAAAAUAUCAUUUAAAACAUUCAAUUAUUAA